AUGAGUAAAAGAAACAACACGAAUGAGAAAAUCAUUUUCCCUCUUUUCAAUGGAAAAGUUACCAAAUCAUCGAAGAGUUCAAUAAAUAUAAAAAGUUUAUAUGAAUUACACAAUGAAUUAAAUCAUAAGAUAUAUACAAAUAUCUAUACAUAUAAUACAUUAUGUGAUGGGAUAUUUUUCUGUAGAGGUGUUAAUAAUAUAUGUGGGAAAAAAAACAGUGGCAAAAGUAGUAUGUGUUAUCAUAUAUGUGUAAAUUUAUUUUUUAAUGAUUUGUUACAUUAUUUUCAUCUUUUCUAUUCUUGUUUUUUUUCAUUUGAUCAUUUUUUACAAAAAAAAAAUAUUCAUAAUGUACGUGAUUAUAUGAAUACCAUUUUGUGGGAUGACAUAGAAAAGGAAUAUAUAAAACAGCAUGAUCAUUUCAGGCAAUUACUACAAAUAAUAAGAUAUUUUGUUUUAUUAUUUAAGCAACAUUAUGGAAAGAAAAAUUAUACGGAACAAAUACACAAUGUUGAUAAUACAAACAAUAUUGAUAAUACAAACAAUAUUGAUAAUACAAACAAUAUUGAUAAUACAAACAAUAUUGAUAAUACAAACAAUAUUGAUAAUAUAAACAAUAUUGAUAAUACAAACAAUAUUGAUAAUAUAAACAAUAUUUAUAAUACAAACAAUAUGUAUAAUACGCACAAUAUUCAUAACACAUACAAUAUUCAUAACACAUACAAUAUUCAUAACACAUACAAUAUCCAUAACACAUAUACAUAUCCACAUACAUAUGCACACAUCACCAAUCAUAUUUUUGAUGAUGCGUACGAAUGCUUUUAUACCCAAAUAAAACAUUUUUAUAAAAGAAAAGUUAUUUACAUCGAUUUGGAUAACAGCUUUUAUAUUGAUCGUUAUAAAAAUAUGAUUUAUUCCUCGCUAGAAAAAAUCAAAAAAUUAAUGAAUAGGUACACAAAAUUUUGUUCAGAAAAAAAGGGCAUACCAUUUUUAUUACUUUUGGAAAAGACAAAUAAAUAUAUAAAAGAAUAUAUUUCUUGUAAUAUAUAUAAAAAUUAUUCACAGGACUUUAUUUUUUUCAUGGAUAUAUUUAAUCAUUAUUUAUUUAAAUAUAUAUAUAAUAUAUCUUUUUCUCAUGUUUUUAAAAAUUUACAACUAUUAAAAAUAUUCAAUUUUUAUGAACUUAUUAAUGUCAUCAAUUAUAUUUAUGAACAUAUUCAAACCUAUUCAUCCUCCUCAUCCUAUUAUCAUUUUAAUAAAUAUAUACCACACGAUCUAGGAAUUGUUGUCAUAGAUAAUCUUAAUUAUAUUUUUAAAGGAUGUCCUUUAAAUAAUAAUAUCAAUAUUUAUUACGAAUUAGAAAUGAUCUUAAACAAGCUAUCUAUCUUAUCUUUAGAAAAACACAUCUGUAUAUUAAUAACAAACCAUGAAAAUAAUUAUUUCACAAGACAUGAAACAUUCAAUAAAAAAAAUGACAACUCCUUUUACAAAAUUAUUUCUCCAUAUAUAUAUAACAAUAUACAUCUCAAAAUAAUAAAUCAAAAAAUCUUCUUUGAAUAUAAUUAUCCAAAAAAACAUACAAAAAAAAGAAAACAAGAUACAAAUCAAAACACAAAUAAUAUAAGUAAAAAAAAAAACGAACAAAUCAUUACUAAUGUAGCUGAUGAUAUAAAACAUAAUAUUCAACAAAAUGAAGACUGCACCUUAUACAAUGUCUAUUCUAGUGACGAUGAUCAAAGUCUCGAUCAAAUGGAUGUACAAGAAAAGGAGGACGAUAAUUCUUUUUAUGAAAAAAAAUAUAAUUUAAGAUAUAUUAAAAUAAAGGGGAAAAAAAAAUCAACAUUCUGUUUUUUUGAAAUUAAUAAAUAUGGAAUAGAAACAAUGUUAAUGUAA